AUGUCCUUCAAGCGCGAUGGGGACGAUCCGGGGCCGCUCGGGGCGUUGCAGAAACGCCGGGUCUCCGACCUAUUGGCAAAUUCCAUCCCCGAGGACGAGGCGGUGCUGCUGCGGAGUGCCAGGUUCGCCUGUGCCGUGUGUCCCCACCGCCCCGUGUGUGACACUCUGGAGGCCCUGGCCGUGCACAGGGCGGGCAGGAGGCACCUGCACAGUCUCCAACGUUCCUACGGCCGGAAUCGCUCCCUCCCGGCUCCAGCUCCGGCUCCAGAGGCUCCGGGAGAGGCUCCAGGUGUGCAGGGAUCCCAGGCCCCGCUCCUGGCCCGGACACGACGGAUCGCCCGGAGCGCUCUCCUGAAAUCCGCCCCCUACAGCAGCUGCUGCCGCAGGAAAGGGGCCCAGGGAAGCAGCUCCCGGGCCGGCACCACCCGGACGGUGCCGGAGCCGCUCCGGAAUGUGGGAGAAUCCCAGGAUGUGGGAGAAUCCCGAGGAUCCCCAGCCCUGCUGCUGGAACACGGCAGCGGGAGGGCAGAUGUUCCGAAGGCUCCGACCCGGAAAGGAAAAUCCUGCUCGGUGUGGGACGAGCUGAGCCCGGAGCGGCGCCGGGUCCUGCAGCACCACCUGCACCUGCGCAGCUCCGGGUGGAUCCAGGAUCCCUGCGGGAAGUGGGUCAAGGACGGGAACGCCGAGUUCGACUCGGACGAGGACGAGCCCCCGGCGCUGCCACCGACGUGACCCUCCCUGGCCCCAAAUCCCCCCGGGAAUCCAGGCCUGGACACCUGGAGCUGUGGGAAAAGGGGGAUCUGGGGGAUCCCGGGGUUUUCCUGCCUCCACCUGGUGCCUUUUUGGGGGGUGUCGCUCCCCCCGUGCCCAAUUCCCCGGAUCCGAACGCCCCCGAUCCCAAAAAUCCCGUGUGGCACAAUCCUGCCCCAAAGGGGGUCUCAAAUCCGUGUCUUUCCAGCUUUAUUUCCAGCA